CCCUCUCCGCGGCCAGGCGGCCAGUGGGGAGGUGGCUCGGCCGGCUGGGCUCGGCACGGCCCGGUUCCAUUGGCCGCUGGCUCCGCGGCGCCGUGCGCUCUGCUGCGCGCUUUGGAGAGGAGGCGCGGCCUGCGCUGGCCCGCCAGCCCGGGACUCUUCCUCGAUCCCCGUCCUUCCUGCUCCUGCCCUUGGCGCCCCGGGGCAGCCGGCCAUGGGAUCGCCGGCCGAGGAGCCUCCGCUGCCGGCGCCGGACCUUUACCGCGACACGUGGGUGCGCUACCUGGGUGAGUGGCUGCAGGGCGAUCGCCGCGCCGCGCGCCUCCUCGCCAGUCCCAGCCUCCGUUAAGGGCGGGAAAUUUACUCUCGAGGAAGCCCGCAGGCGGCGGAAGAGCGCUUUCCCGGCUGGGACUGCGUUCAACAAAAAGUUGCCGGACGGGACGGGGGGAGGGGUGGAAAUCGGGCGGCGGAGACUGAUCAGAGUAAAAGGCAAGGAACGCUGUUCUCAGGAUUGGGCAGCGGAGGUUGCCAACUGCUUUUCUGCCAGGGCUCCUGUGCCUUCAAGCUCUUGCGCCUUCUUAGGCACAGGAGUUCCAUCGAGGAAAGAAGUUGGCAACUCUCGUCCCAAUUUACCGCCAUUAAGUGCCGUUAGUGCUAUACCUUUCGGUGAAAUAAUGUUAAUAAGAGAUGUUUAGCUUUCAGGGCACAAUCAUGCCCUGAAAGGUAGCGUAUACAUGGGCAGUGAUGGCGUAUUUCUAGGUAAAGACCCCAGCACCUGGGAGAUCUGGGUUCAAAUUCCCCAUUGAGCCAUGAAGCACACUGGGUGACCUUGAGGAUUUGUCACUUACCUUUUAAUCCAAUCUACCUCACAGAGCUGUUGUGCGGAUUAAAUGAGGAGGGAGAGAAGCAAGUCUGUCACUUUGAGCUUCUUGGAGGGGGAAAAAAGUGGGAUAGAAAUGCAAUAAAAUGGCAUACUGUCACCUCCCUGAAGGUACUUCCAGCAGGGCAGUUGUGUACUGCUCAGAAGUACAGUGGUACCUCAGGUUACAUACGCUUCAGGUUACAGACUCCGCUAACCCAGAAAUAGUGCUUCAGGUUAAGAACUUUGCUUCAGGAUGAGAACAGAAAUCGUGCUCUGGCGGCGCGGCAGCAGCAGGUGGCCCCAUUAGCUAAAGUGGUGCUUCAGGUUAAGAACAGUUUCAGGUUAAGAAUGGACCUCCAGAACGAAUUAAGUACUUAACCCGAGGUACCACUGUAAGUCCUUUUUAAUUCAGUGGGUCUUACUCCCAAGGAAGUGGGGUUAGGACUGUGGUUUUAGUUUGGAGCAACAACAACAACAAAACCCAACAAGCAGUCUUGUGGCACCUUUUUUUUGAAGACGUUUAUUAUGACGUUAGCUUAGGGUCCACACUCAAUUAUACAAGAGCUUCUGCAAGCCUUAAGCCUCCCUGCUGAUGGGAAUACUGUUGAUGAGAAUACUGUACACCCUUCUCUUUCAACACAAAAGAUACACAAGAGACAAUUGUUCUCAUAGAUAGUGGGCAUCUCCAAGACUAUGAUUGGCAGGUGAGGAGGCCUUGUCUGGCUGGCAUAUAUGCAUAGUAGGGUCUUUCGAGCGGCAGUUUUCUGUCUGAUGAAUGCCCUCCCUGCUGAGGCGCAUCUGCCCCUCUCGUUACUGACUUCCGAGAGGAAUUUGGAAACAUCCUAGUUUAGAUCCAGGCAUUUGAUGGCGACCCUGAAAUCACUGCUUGAGAGAAUAUUUUCAACUCUUUUUAUAUGCUGGUUUUUAUUGAUGCAUUUUCCACCAUGGGCUCCUUCACCAGGAGGAAGGAUGUGAUAUGAAUUGAAUGAAUGAAUGAAUGAAUGAAUAAAUAAAUAAAUAAAUAAAUGUGUUGUGGAGUUCAAGGAUGCGAUAUAUAUAUAUAUAUAUACACACACACACACACACACACACACACACACACACACAAGCAUUUGGGUACAAACGUCAUGAUCUGAAGUCCAAAUGAUGCAUUACAUGCAGCUGAGUAUAACUUUCCAGAUACACUCCUUAUAGCUGUAUAUAUCUAUUGUACAUCUGCUAUAUAUUUUGUUGUUGUUUUUCACGGAAAUGCAAACAAAAUUCAGUUUCUCCUUCCUUCCUACUUGCUGUCUCCAGUGGGCAACUGAGCACUGCAAAGGGGAAGAGGCUUCUUAACUUUCUUGACAGCUUCUCUAUUAAAAUCUGUCACUGUCCUUUCAAGUUGUUUUUCCUCUUGUUGAGGACAGCCAUUUUAAAUAGAAAACAACAACAUGGGGAAAGAAUUAAGGAUCCCCUUGAUUUUCUGUGUUGUUCUGUAUCAUUGCUACAUAAAUGACGUUAUCCUCAAAGGAAAAGUAUUUUUAUUUAUUUCAUGCGUUUAUAUCCCCCUCUUUUUUCCCCUCCAAGGAGCUCAAGGUGAGAUAUAUGGUUCACUCUCUCCCCAUUUUCAUCCUCAUAGCAGUCUUGCGAGGUAGGUUAGCUUGAGAGAUUGUGACUGGUCCAAAAUCAACCUUAAAGGCCAAGUGGAGAUUUGAACCCUGGUCUGGCACUCUAACCACUACACAUACUGACUCUUUUUUAAAAAAAGAAAGAAAGAAGAUGAUUUGCAGCAGCUCCUACUGGUUUGCUGUUGGGGGACCACGGCUUCUGUGACUAUAUUUUGGUGUCCUUGUCUUUAAAGAUGACUGUGGGACAAAACUUUGCACAACCAAAUGUGUGUAACUCUUGACCUUGUGGCCAGAGCAACUAGUUUGCAUGCCAAAAGCCCUUGCUUAAAUCUCCCCAAAUCCGGCUGGGAAAACUGCUGCCAGUCAGUGUAGACAGUACAGUGGUACCUUGAUUCUCAAACUUAAUCCGUUCCGGAACUCUGUUCCAAAAUCAAUAGAAAGUAAUGCAAAAUGGAUUAAUCCGUUCCAGACUUUUUAAAAAAACAACCCCUAAAACAGCAAUUUCACAUGAAUUUUACUAUCUAACGAGACCAUCGAUCCAUAAAAGGAAAGCAAUAAACAAUGUACUGCAGUCACACAACCAAUCAAUCAGUAGCUGAACUGGGUUCCACAGAGCCACAAAAACAAAACAAAAAAGAGCCGCAAAAGCAAAAACGCUAAAUAGCAAAAACAGACAGACCUCAGCGUAACACUCAAAACGGAAGUAUGGCACUCAAAUCGGAAGCGCAACACUCAAAACGGAGCACGUUCGGCUUCCGAAAAAAGUUUGCAAACCAUAACACUUACUUCCGGGUUUGCAGUGUUUGGGUUCCAAGUUGUUUGAGUAUCAAGGCGUUUGAGAACCAAGGUACCACUGUACUGAGCUCGAUGGACCUGUGUUCUGACUUUAUACAAGGCAGUUUCCUGUGUUGACAGUCUUGGACAGCUAUUGAAGACACAGCUCAAAAAUGCCAGGACCAGGGGGGGAAAACUGGGCAGGGUGGUGGUGAUGUGGCAACUUCAAGGAUGAAAUGUCAGCUUCCGUUCAGCGAUAUUUGAGAAGCAGGAUCCCUUGUGCAAAGUGUCGUUUGCCGGGACGUUUCUGCCGCGUUGGGUGGCAGGCAGCUCCUAAGGUGACUUUCUCUGGACCUUGGAAAAGGACUUUGCUAGGGCAUCAGGAAGAGGAGACUGUGGGGACUGUAUCCUCUGAAGGGUGUCAAACAGCACAAAAUGGCUGCAUUGCUGCCCCUCUUUGCAGCGCAGCGAAAUUUAAUCCCGUAGGAACAGCUGCGGCAGUCAGGCACGCGGGAGCGAAACGGACGGCGGAGUUUAUCGCCAGCAAAGAAAGUUAAUGCAGUUGUUAUGCUGUUGUCUUUCUGGUGGUGCUUGCAAGGUCAAAUGCCCGCCCUUAUCUUACUUUCACAACAACCAUGCAUGGCGGGUUAGACUGAAGGAAAUAUUGGAUAAUAAUAAUAAUAAUAAUAAUAAUAAUAAUUUAUUUAUACCCCGCCCAUCCAGCUAAGUUUCCCCAGCCACUCUGGGCGUCUCCCAAUCGAGUGUUAAAAACAAUACAGCAUUAAAUAUUAAAAACUUCCCUAAACAGGGCUGCCUUCAGAUGUCUUUUAAAGAUAAGAUAGCUGCUUAUUUCCUUCACUUCUGCAGGGAGGGCGUUCCACAGGGCGGGCGCCACUACCGAGAAGGCCCUCUGCCUGAAUAAAAUUUGGAGGAUAAAAUUUUGACGUGACCUUGUUGAGUUCCUUGGAAGGAAGAAGUGUGGUGUAGUGGUUAGAGCACUGGACUAGGACUUGCAAUACAAGGGUUCAAAUCCCCACCAUGAGGCCUCUUGGGGUGACCUUGGGUCAGUCACCAACUCUCAGCCAAGCCUACCUCACAGGGGUGUUCUGUGGGUAAAAUAGGGAGAAGGAGAAGUGUGUUGAGUUCCUUUGGAGAAAAGAUGGGAUAUAAAUCAAUAGUUAAUGUAAUAUAUGAACUGGGUGGGUUGGGUUCAUCCCAUCCAACUGUUUUUAGGAUACGUUCAUCGUAUACCAGUCUUGGUGUUGGUUGGUCCCCCAAACCGUAACCCAGUUCACUGCAAUCCACUGAAGCUUAAACUAAAAAGAAGUGCGUAAAUUCUGCUCCUAUACACUUUCCGUAAACAGUACGCAGUUAAGAUGUUUGUGCGCAUUCUGUAACCUCACAUACCUCAGGCAAUGAUGGGGAUGUUUUCCACAUUGAGGUACAAGCCACUCCCCUCCCUUUCCAUAUUAAUAAAAGAUGCUGUGGCUUAGACUUAGUGGCGCUAAAUGGAUCUCAUUCUUCAUAUUUCAGUUUUAUUGACAGGUGAAUUAAAAAUAGGGCUUUGGCAGGAUGUUAGUGACUCACUGCUUGAAACUGAAAGUAUGGACUUUUACAGCUGCAAUCAGAUGAGUUGAGAACAAAAGAGAGAGAUUUCUCCAGAGUAACACCGAGUCAGCAGAGCCAUAAGGCACAAAGGAGAUCAGGAAGAUUCAAUAUGGACAUAAUAUUCGAUAAAGAAAUACAGUGUUAUCUCAGGUUACAUAGGCUUCAGGGUACAGACUCCGCUAACCCAGAAAUAGUACCUUGGGUUAAGAACUUUGCUUCAGGAUGAGAACAAAAAUCGUGCUCCGGCGGUGCGGCAGCAGGAGGAGGCCCCAUUAGCUAAAGUGGUGCUUCAGGUUAAGUACAGUUUCAGGUUAAGAACGGACCUCGGGAACGAAUUAAGUACGUAACCAGAGGUACCACUGUAAAGGAACAAUUGAUGGAAAUUAAAACCUCACACAGGAAGGAGAAAGGAGAACUUUACUUGCGAAUUUACAAAUUACUAAAUGUGUCAUAAUAAUUAUACAGUGGUACCUCGGGUUAAGUACUUAAUUCGUUCUGGAGGUCCGUUCUUAACCUGAAACUGUUCUUAACCUGAAGCACCACUUUAGCUAAUGGGGCUUCCUGCUGCUGCUGCGCCGCCGGAGCACGAUUUCUGUUCUCAUCCUGAAGCAAAGUUCUUAACCCGAGGUACUAUUUCUGGGUUAGCGGAGUCUGUAACCUGAAGCGUCUGUAACCUGAAGCAUAUGUAACCUGAGGUACCACUGUAUUGGACUUUUGUCCAAUAUUGGUAUCGAUAUAAUAUGGCGUAUAUUGGACUUUUGUAACUGAAAAUUAAUAAAAAUUAUUCAACAACAAGAAAUAGGUUUUUUGAGGCUGCCAUCCAUCUGGGUUUUCCCAGACAUUUUAGCUGCUUUUCCAAAAUUCUGCCCGGAGGCAAUUUUCAGCGGUUGAAUCCCGGCUAUAUCCAGGAAAUCCCUAAUUAAAAUGAAAAAGCAGAGAUAAAGCGAGAGAAGCAGGGAGUUUCUCCCCCCCCCCCCGUGGCUGCGGACACAUUAACUCUUGAAAGUAAUGACAGCUGUUGGACUCUUCCUGCCUGUUGGGUGGAGCUUGAAGCUGUGGGAGGGGCUUUGGCACCCAUGCUGACCUUUGACCUUCGUUACAGGUUACGCCAACGAGGUUGGGGAGUCUUUCCGGGCCAUCGUGCCUGUCUCGUUGGUCUGGGCCAGCUACGGAGUAGCAACUGCCUACGUGGCGGCCGACGCAAUCGACAAGGGCAAGAAGGCGGCUGCUGUGAGUACAGAGUAGGCGACGAAACCAUUUCUCAAGUCAAGGGCCACGUUCCCUUCUGGGGGCCGCAUGCUGGUAGUGGUGGGCAAGGCCAGAGGUAAAAGCGAGUGGAGCAAAGAUUUUACCUUUGUAUAGGAAGCAAGAGACAUUAUCAGAAUUCAAGGAUUCAUUCCUGCUGGGGAAGGAAUGCAUAAGUUGCAAAGGAAGGCCAAUGUCGUCCAGCGAGGGUUUUGAGGGCCAGAUAGGGUUGAAUGUUGGAAUAUCCACAUCUUGCAGAUCUAACAUAUAGAAUAAGAGAACAAGAAGAACAUACGUUUGAAGAUUGCAAAGUGUUUAUUGAAUAUAUGGAGGAAAAUUGUGUUUAUUUGAAACCGUGGGCAGCAUUAAGAUAAAUUCAGCAGUGUAAAUAAGUUUUGGUGGCUGGGGAAACCCAGCCAGAUGGGUGGGGUAUAAAUAAUAAAUUAUUAUUAUUAAAUUAUUAUUCAUUUCGGGAUACUGAAUGGUUUAGUUUAUAUAAAAUAUGCAGGGAUUUAUGUUAUGUAAAAUGAACCAUGGAAGGAGAAGAAGGGAAGUCAUUGAUAUUUUAUGGUUGUUUAAAUGAAUAUUCCAAAAUUAAAGUUACAGAUUUCAGAUAGGGUUGAAUGUUGACCCUGGGCCCGAGGUAAACACAGUUAUACUUUUAAUGUUUCAAAUGUUUCGCUGAUAAUUUAGUUCUUUUACUCUUUUUGCAAACUGCUUUGAGGUUUUCUUUUUAAACAGUCGAGAGGUGUAUGGAUUUUAUGAAACAGUAAAUAAACAAAAACAAUGAUUCAUAUAAUUUAUAUACCUCCUUUCGUUUCAAGAAGAAGCAGUUAACAAGCACAUGGAUAAAUUAGGUUUUAGGUGUUUUGUUUUGUUUUUAAACGACUUGUUUGGAAAAAGGGUAGGAUGGGAAACCUGAAAGGGAUGAAGGUCAGUUUGUUUUUCGGUUUUAAACGUUUUAAGUCCGCACCCCCUUCAUCCUUCCUCCGACUGACAGGCGAAGGCCGUGGACGAAGGGAGGAGCAAGCAUGCCGCAGUGGCGGUCGUGGACACAUUUAUAUGGCAGGCUCUGGCUUCCGUGGCCAUUCCUGGCUUCACCAUUAACCGCAUCUGCGCAGGGUCACUCUACCUCAUGGCCAGCAUGACGCACUGGCCUCUCUCGGUCAGGAGGUGGGCCACCACCGCCGUGGGACUCUCGGCCAUUCCUUUCAUCAUCAAACCCAUUGACAGGUACGGGCAACUUCCACCCCUUGAGCACAGCCAAGGAUGAGCUGUAUCAACCUUGAAGAAGCCCUGCUAGGUGUUGUGUACUUCAACCCUCAUCAGCCCCAGCCACCAAGGUCAUUUUGGUCUACAAAUCCCAUCAGUCGCAGCCACUGGGGGCCAUUUUGGUCUGCAAAUCCCAUCAGCCCCAGCCCCUGGGGGCCAUUUUGGUCUGCAAAUCCCAUCAGCCGCAGCCACUGGGGGCCAUUUUGGACUACAAAGCCCAUCAGCCCCAGCCACCCGGGCCAUUUUGGACUACAAAUCCCAUCAGCUCCAACCAGCAGAUGCUAGGGUUGAUGGGAGUACAGGCCUGUCAGCUGGGGUUGAACGGAGUUGUAGCCCGAAACACCGGAUUGGGAAAGGUUAUUAUUUGAGGUGGUGACCUUGAAAGGGCAAAUUGCCUUGCAACAGUAGUGAUUAAGACGGCCUCACAUUUUAAACCUCACAUCCAUACCAUAUAUCUAAAGCACUACGAUGCCUCGUUAAACAGUCAUGGUUUCCCCCAUAGAAUCCUGGGAAAUGUAGUUUGUGCUGAGAAUUGUGAGGAGGCCCCAUUUUCCCUCAUGUUCAAUUCGUAAGUUUACUGUUCUAGCCAAAGGCCAUGACAAACUUGUAUUAACAAAAUAAUAUAGAACACAUGUCCAUAAUAUAAAAAAGACUCACAGAGCUCCAGUUCCCAGUGUCUCCUGAGAAGAUGGAUUGCCUGUUGAACCUCUCUGGGAAUUGUAGCUCUGCGAGGGGAAUAUAGGGGUCUCCUGACAACUCUCAGCACCCCUAACAAACUACAGGUCCCAGAAUUCUUUUGAGGAAGCCGUGGCUGUUUAAAGUGGCGUCCUAGUGCCAUAAAUGUGUUGUGUGAACAUGGCCAAAGUACUCUGACAUAAGCAUGGCUGAACAGCUGCAUUUUCAAACUAACGUUCCUUAGGGGAACAGAGCAAUUGUGUCAGAAAUGGGUCUUUAUUUAUAAUCUCACACUGGGAUACUUAUUUUCAGAAUAGGGUAUCUUACCCCGACCUCACUUUUCUCAUUUAAAUCGUGCCUUGGCGUUCUCUUGGGUAAAACGAUGUGAAUAAAUUCAAUCCCUGGGCAAGAAUUCAGUCUGUCUAUAAAUAAACAUUAUGCCCAGAGAGAGUCAGCGACAUUGUGUUCUCUUUGAUUGAUCGAUGCAGAAUGUCAUGCCCUAAGGUCCUAUUCUCACUGGUUUUUAAAAGUAAGUGGCACCCCCUACUGCCAGACACAAGGAAACACAUCUUCACUGAGAGACUGAUUCUGCUGUUACUUCCUAAAGUAGCCACCCGUCGCUUCUUUGCAAAAUCUGUUUGCCUCCCUUAGAUUUCUGUUUCAUUCCUGCUCAGCUUCUAAUCCUUAUUCAGACGUGCAUUCUCCUCACAUGAUAACAGUCACAUUGGGAGAGGCAGGGAGGGUGAUCUCAAUUUGGGGUUUUCUACAAGAGCAUCAAAAAACAACACAUAUGCCCCCCAAACCCCUGGAGGAAUUUCUUGCCUCCAUGGAAAUGCCAGGCAAAUACAAAUACAGUGGUAUCUUGGGUUACAUAUGCUUCAGGUUACAUACGCUUCAGGUUACAGAUUCCGCUAACCCAGAAAUAGUGCUUCAGGUUAAGAACUUUGCUUCAGGAUGAGAACAGAAAUUGUGCUCCGGCGGAGCGGCAUCAGCAAGAGGCCCCAUUAGCUAAAGUGGUGCUUCAGGUUAAGAACAGUUUCAGGUUAAUAACAGACCUCUGGAACGAAUUAAGUACUUAACCAGAGGUACCACUGUACAGUGGUGCCCCGCAAGACGAAUGCCUCGCAAGACGGAAAAACCGCUAGACGAAAGGGUUUUCCGUUUUGAAGUUGCUUCGCAGGACGAAUUCCCCUAUGGGCUUGCUUCGCAAGACGAAAAUACCUUACGAGUCUUGAGAUUUUUUUCCGCUUUCCCCUUUAUCUAAUCUGCUAAGCCUUUAAUAGCCUUUAAUAGCCUUUUAGCAGCUAAUCCCUAAGCCUUUAAGCCUUUAAUAGCCGCUAAACCGCUAAUAGCGCUAAUAGCGCUAAUCCGUCAAUGGGCUUGCUUCGCAAGACGAAAAAACCGCUAGACGAAGACUCUCGCGGAACGGAUUAAUUUCGUCUUGCGAGGCACCACUGUAUAGUGGUACCUUGGUUUUCUAACGUACCGUAUUUUUUCAUGUAUAAGACUAGGUUUUUUCCCUUUAAAAAUGUCAAAAAAUAGGGGGCGUCUUAUACUCUGGGCCAUCUCUCCCCCCAUUUUCUUAAUUCUGAGUCCCCCAAAAUAAGGGGCGUCUUAUAGAUGGAAAAAUAUGGUAAUCCGUUCCGGAAGACGAAACAUUCAAAAACUCAAAACAGAAGCCUCAGUACGGAAAACUUAAAACAGAAAACUCAGUACGGAAACUGCAUUUCAUGUUUGACUUCUGAGGCACGUUUGAAAACCAAGACACUUACUUCCCGAUUUACGACGUUCGAAAACCGAAACGCUCAACAACGGAGAUGUUAGAAAACCGAGGUACCGCUGUAGGUUUUUUGUGGAUCGCACUAUUGUUUUACCUCUCUCUCUCCCCCGAUUCCUCUGGUGCAGGUCAGUGGAUUUCUUGAUGGACUCCAGUCUCCGCAAACUCUACAAGACAGAAGAGUAAGACGAAGUCCUCCUGCCCCUGGUCUACCAGAGCCUCUGACAGCAAAACCAGGCUAUCCUCCAUCCUCAAAGCCACUACCUCCUUCUCUCUGGUCUCCAUGUUAUCUAGACUUCUAAAAUAUUGAAAUCCAGCUUAGUGGGACCUGUCCUGAACCAGUGCAACUUGGUACUGUGGAUCUAACGAGGAUGGAUCUUCUGGGCAGCUCAGGAUGUGUCCUAAAAGCCUGUGUAGAGACUGGUCCAUUUCCCAUGCCAACAGAACUUGCAUGUGGCCUUCUAUAAAUCCUUUCACAUCCUUGUUCAGGUCAAUGCCACCCCAGAUAAGGGGGGGCGGCGCCGGGAUGUACUUAAGGCACAACCUCUUUUUUUUUUUAGGGUUCCUGGCAGCUGUUUCCCAGUAGCAAUGUGGACUAGCCUGGUGACAGUUUAUUUUGCACUCCCAGCUAUGGGAGCGGUUAAUUGCACUAACCAUUAACAGCUUAAGUAGAGCCAGUUCUAAAUGGCUCCCGUUACUGCUGCUCAGCUGAAAAAAGUUAUUUGUAGUUCCUUCAAUCUGGCUUAAUGAUAGUGACACUGUACACACUAUGCAUUUAAAGAAUGACACCCCUCAAAAAAUUCUGGGUUUAUAGUUCUGGGGUAAACUUCAGGAGAUGGAAUGGAUUCCAAGGUUCAUCCUAGUCCAGCCACUUGCAAUACAGGACUCUCAAAGUAUGCUUCUAAUGCAUGGUGUGUACCCAAGCCAGUGAGAAUUUUGGCAUAUAAAUAAAGGAAACAACUUUCCGUAUCUGAUUUCCUUUCUGGGUAGCUCACACAGUUGCACCAUUUAUGAGCCCCUUCGGCAUUUACAUGGCAGUGCUAGAGCUCUAAUGCACUUCAGACUAUCAGAUGCCCUGUACAGCAAGGUGGUCCUCACUAGUUGCAUAAGAAAGAACUCAGCUGUACUCCAUUAACCUGCCUUACACAAAAAUUAAAGUUUGGACUGAUUCCUCUACUCACUUUUGCUUCUGGCCCCCAUCGCCACUAGCAUGUGGCCCCCGCGAUGUUGCCAAGAAGCGAAUGUGGCCCUCCGGCUGGGGUGGGGUGGAAAAGUUCCUUCAACCAAGGGGAGAAAGUUUGACUAUGGCAGUAAAGCUACACAGCGAGAAACGGAAAGCUUUCAACACACAUUUUAUUUUUGCUUUAAGGAUUAGAGAGUUAGGCCUUCUCUGGCGUGUCACUCUUGAUCUUGCAGUAGUCAAUGUUGGAUUCCUUCUCCACCUCUUCGUCGACAGUCAGGUCCCCAAGAACCAGCUGGAGCUCCGUCUGGAAUUGCUGCUCCUUGCGGUUCUUCAGGGGUUUGUGGCCUUUGCUGGUGCGGGAGUAGCGGAGGACGGCUAGGCCUAGCGCUAUCGUAGCCCCGCUGAAGAGGGCCGCCAGCACACAGCUGCCCCCAAAGGAGAUGCUCACCAAGAGGAACGUCUUCAUGGUGUGGCAUCGUCCUGGAAGGAAAGAGACAUUUAGGGAAACAUUUUGCCUAAGUGAGAUGCCCUCAUUCAGUUGUAGGGGAACCUUCAGGCCCUCUGGCUGUUGCUGAACUACAACUUCCAUCAGCCCUAGCAAGUAUGGCCAAUGGUCGGGGUGAUGGGAGUUGUAGAUCAGUAAACAUCUGAAGGGCCACAGGUUCCUCACACCUGCCAUAGAUAGAGUAUCCUCUCAUUACAUUUAUAUCCCACCUUCCCUGCAGAGACCCCUCCAACUGGCAUACGUGGCCCUCCCUGCUCCUCAUUUCCAAACACCCCUCCUCAAAUACUUAAGAGACAGAUUAUGCAGAGACUCAAUAUUUGGGCCAACAAUCACCCAGUGAGUUUUCCUGACCAAGACAGAAUUUGAACUCCAGUCCCCCAGAUCCUAAAUCUGCUCCACUAAGGUAUAGCACCCCUGGAUGGUUAAGUCCAGUGAAAGGCAACUAUGGGGUUGCGGCACUCAUCUCGCUUCAGGCCAAGGGAGCCGGCAUUUGUCCACAGACAGCUUUCUGGGUCAUGUGGCCAGCAUGACUAAACUGCUUCUGGCCCAACAGAAACACCAUUUACCUUCCCACUGCAGCGGUACCUAUUUAUUUACUUGCACUGCUAGGUUGGCAGAAGCUGGGACAGAACAACGGGAGCUCACCCCGUUCCGGGGAUUUGAACUGCCGACCUUCUGAUUGGCAAGCCCAAGAGGCUCAGUGGUUUAGACCACAGCGCCACCCGCAUUCACUACACCACACUGGCUCUGAUGGGCCUCGGAUGUUGUAGACAACAAAUCCUAAUAAUAAUAACCACCUGUUGGAUCAGGCCAAUGACCCAUCUAGUCCAACAGCCUGUUCUCAUAGUGGCCAACCAGAUGCCUGCAGAAAACCUGCAAGCGGGAUUUGAGUGCAAAAGUCCUCUCCGCUCUGGCUUCCAGCAAUUUGUAUUCAGAAGCAUUGCUGCCUCCAAAGUUUGAAGGCAGAGCACAGCUAUUGUGGCUAGCAGCUAUCUUCCCCACAGAUUUUGCCCACCACAAUUUCAGGCCCCCAGAUCAGAUUGUCGGUGAAAACCCAGAUUGUGGAAUCCUCCCCCCACCCAGGGAGCUUCUGCUGGCGCCUUCAUUAUACACCUUUAGACGCCAGGCAAAAAGGUUCCUCUUCAACCAGGCCUUUGGCCAAUUGACAUCUGAUGCCCUUUCAAAUGUGCUGUGGAAGGGGGGGGGGUUGUUGGUUUUUUUGCCUUUGUUUUUCCUUUUAUUAUGUAUUUUGUUUUGUUUUUUAAUAUUGUGAUUUUAUGUUGUGAACCACCUUGAGAUCUCCAGGUAUACGGUGGUAUACAAAUUUAAUAAAGAUGCAAUGCAGUAAAAAAAAAACCCAGCAACCCACCCUCUGAAACUUAAGCAGCCCUUAGCAUAUGCAGAUUUUUUUCCUUUAAGCAGCUAAACCAAUGCUUUGGGGGUUGCCUAUUCUUAGUGACUCUCCUGGAAGCUCUUGCGCAUGAUUUCCUGCCCCAGAAGAGACCAAGGUAUUCAGAAACGAGAAACACAAAAACCAACCUUCAAACCAAGGCACGUCUUCCUUGUGCACUCUCAAAGGGCCAACCACUUUCCUGUGGAGCUUUCCUUCACCCCAAAAUGCUGUUUGGAAGAUGGGAUAAAUAGUUUUAGAAGUAGGGAAGUUACGAUUCCUGCAGGAACCCAACAAUUGCUUAUAUACCAGCCUCCAGUGUCCUUCAAAUGUUGGGGCUCCCCUCCCAGUUCCAGCAGCCAGCAUUACCAAUGGUCAGUCCUAACACAUCAGAAUGGCACUCAGUUGUGGAAGGCUCAUGUGCACAGCAAGGGUGCUACAGCAAUGUAGCACAGGAUUAAUUUCUGUAUUGCUACCUUAUCCUAGAUAGCUCAGCUGGUUAGAGUGUUGUGCUGAUAACACCAAGGUUGCAGGUUCGAUCCCUGUAUGGGACAGCUGCAUAUUCCUGCAUUGCAGGGGGUUGGACUAGAUGAUUCACAGGGUCCCUUCCAACUCUACAAUUCUCUGCUCUAUAUGAUCUAUCCAAAAAGUGGAAAAUGGUAGUAGUGGAAAUGAGAACCCGUAAGAGCCUGCUGGAUUAGGCCAAUGGUCUAACCCAGUCCAGCCUCCUGCUCUCACAGCAGCCAACCAUAUAUACCUUUGGGAAACACAAGGCAGAAUUAAGGCUUCCCUUAACAUAUGCAAUUAUCAUAAUUUAUUAUUGGUUGAAGAACUUCACUGCCAAAUUUGGAGAAGGGCAAAUUUCAAAGGGCAGCUGCGUUUCAGUUCAAGAAUUUUUUUCUGGAAGGUGCUCACAUUAAAAUGCGAUUUGAACUAGAUUCCUAGUUGCCACAGAUCAGUGUGAAUGGUAAAAAUUCACCACCCACCUCUUAGCUGGCUACUUGCGUUGCAAUUAUUGAUUUGGUUUACUAGACACAAAGGUUAGCUUAUGGGUACCUUUCUCGCUUCCAGGAGUGGGGGGCUCCAAAGGGCAGUAGCUGUUGCAGCACUUGCAGACAUAAUUCUUGGAUGGUUCGUCUAUGUUCUUCCAGCUAGAAGGGAACAAAAUCACUACAAGUAAUAGGCAGCAACUGUUAAGGGAAGCUGUUUCAAUGCACAAAACUUACCAAGGCAGUGUACAGUGGUACCUCGGGUUAAGAACGUAAUUCGUUCCAGAGGUCCGUUCUUAACCUGAAACUGUUCUUAACCUGAAGCAUCACUUUAGCUAAUGGGGCCUCCCGCUGCCACCGCGCCGCUGCUGCAUGAUUUCUGUUCUCAUCCUGAAGCAAAGUUCUUAACCCGAGGUAAUAUUUCUGGGUUAGCGGAGUCUGUAACCUGAAGCGUCUGUAACCCAAGGUACCACUGUACAACCAUUUAAAACAUUGCAACUUCACAGGAAUUGUGCAUCAUGCAGUAAGUUAAGCAGAUAUAAGAAAUUCACCUUUGUAUCUAGUUGUUAGUCCUGCUCAGAGUAAACACAUUGAAAUUAAUGGCCAUGAUUAAUUUACGUAGGUCCAUUAAUUUCAGUGGGUCUUAAAAACCUAAUUGGAUUUACAACCGAUUGUCUCUUGUGUCAAAUUCACCAUGGCAAAGAAACCAAACAGCAUGUCUUCAAAACAUCUGGUCAGACAAAAUAAGUGCUUAAGGAUGUGAUCAACAGAUUUUAACUAAUAUCGAAUUUAUUCUUGCUUUUGCUUGCAAGGUAUUUAAAUAAAUGUAGCCUGGGGGUGGGGGGAGGUCAAGCAAGGAUUUGCAAUAAAAGGGGCUUAGAGCUGACCUGGAGGAGAUGCUGUCAAAGUAACAAGCUUUCUUGCCAAAGCUUGAGGGAGUCUCUUUGCUCCAUGCUGACAGGAGGCAAUGAAUAUAGAUCUGGAAAAGGAGGGAAGUUAUUUUCUUGCAGCAGAUUCAAAACUGUCACAAAUAUUUAUUUGCUAAUUACUUCCCAGGAGCUCAAGGCGAUAUUCGUGGUUCUCCCCGCCCCUCCCCAUGUUGUGUUCACAACAACCCUGUGAGGUAGGUUAGGCUGAGACUUAGCAAAUGGCCCAAGGUCACCCAGUGGGCCCUAGUCUGACAUGAACCACUACAACUACGCUGGCCAAUGAAAGUGUAAGGUAAAGGGACCCCUGACCCUUAGGUCCAGUCAUGACCGACUCUGGGGUUGCGGUGCUCAUCUCGCUUUAUAGGCCGAGGGAUCCGGUGUACAGCUUCCGGGUCAUGUGGCCAGCAUGACUAAGCCGCUUCUGGCAAACCAGAGCAGCGCAUGGAAACGCCGUUUACUUUCCCGCUGGAGCGCUACCUAUUUAUCUACUUGCACUUUGACGUGCUUUCGAACUGCUAGGAUGGCAGGAGCAGGGACUGAGCAACGGGAGCACACCCCGUCGAAGGGAUUUGAACUGCCGACCUUCUGAUCGGCAAGUCCUAGGCUCUGUGGUUUAACCCACAGCGCCACCCGCGUCCCUAAUGAAAGUGUUUGGGUGCUUUAUUCAGUCUGCAUCGGCGCAUCCCUGCAGAGGCACCAACUCACACUUGCUCUAUGAACAAUAUUUAAGAAUGAAGGGCUUCCCCAAAGAAUCCUGGAGAUGGCAGCCGGAGGAAAAUUACGCAAGAAAACCAGGAAUUCUCUUAGCAGAACAUCAACGGCAUCCCAGAACACAGAUAAUUACUCCAGAGAGAUUCCUACCUCCUCCGAGUCACCAGUUAGCAAGAAGGCAGGUAUUGUGAACAGCAUCGCAGAGUCUUCUCUACGGAGCCACCUGACCUUGGGGCCGUCACCGUACAGGCACCUGGCAAGUUAACCAUGAAAGUGGGAAGAGUGUGAUUUUGAGUGCCGGAAUCAUUUUUUAGGUAUUGCGGGGCGGGGGGCAUCUUUUUUCAGUUUUGACCCAAUUUUCCACACUGAGCACAAUCCAGUUUUGAUGUUGCUGGAUCCGAUAUCUGCCAAAUGCGCUGUCAAAAUAUUGUUUUUUUGUUCAAUGAUGAACUCAUUUUAACACACUGCCCCAUUUUUGCUUUAGUGAGGGUGGGUGGAAGGGCACCCACAUUGAAACACCUUUGUUGUUGGUAUUAUUAUUAUUAUUAUUAUUAUUAUUAUUACUCCUACUACAGUGGUACUUCAGGUUAAGUACUUAAUUCAUUCCGGAGGUCUGUACUUAACCUGAAACUGUUCUUAACCUGAAGCACCAUUUUAGCUAAUGGGGCCUCCUGCUGAUGCCGCGCCGCUGGAGCCCAAUUUCUGUUCUCAUCCUGAAGCAAAGUUCUUAACCUGAAGCACUAUUUCUGGGUUAGGGGAGUCUGUAACCUGAAGCGUAUGUAACCUGAAGCGUAUGUAACCUGAGGUACCACUGUAUUAUUCUUAUUAUUAUUCCCUGCCCAUCUGACUGGGUUGCUCCAGCCACUCUGGGCAGCUUCUGACAUAUAUAAAACCAUAAUAAAACAUUAAAAGACUUUCCUA